AUACUAUACUCCUACUAGCUAGAGUGCCCCUUGCACUUGCACAUAAACAAAUUGCUAGCUAGCUACCCUGCACAUUCUUUGUCCGCUUUAUCGCAUUGCUUUCCUAGCUAGCCAGUUCUCUGAAUCUCUAAUGGAUGCCCACUUUAUUGCCCUGAUUCAUCGCCUCUUUUAGUAGGACACUAGGACUGUAAUCCGGGUUUCGGGGCGGGAGAAAGAUGGAUCCGAGUCCAACGUGGAGUGGUUCGUCCGUCCGCCAUGGCUCCGUGCUCUUCCUGCUCCUCCUCCUCCUGUCAGUUCUGUGCUGUUCUUCCUCAUGGCGGGCAGCUGCCCAGGCUCAGCCACCGCCGCCGCAGACUGACCCAACUGAAGCGGCGGCGGUGAACGCGAUACUGGGGAAGCUGGGGCUGCGCGCGCCGGCGUCGUGGAACGUGAGCGGCAACCCGUGCAGCGGCGCGGCCACCGAUGACACGCCGCUGGACGACAACCCAAACUUCAACCCGGCCAUCAAGUGCGACUGCACCGACCGGAACGGCACGCUCUGCCAUGUCACCAGACUGAAGAUAAACUCGCUGGACGCGGCUGGCCCGAUCCCCGAGGAGCUGCGGAACCUCACUCACCUCAUCAAACUGGACUUCAGGAAAAACAGCUUGACUGGCCCAUUGCCAGCGUUCAUUGGGGAACUGACUGCUUUGAAGUACAUAACCGUGGGCACCAAUGCAUUAUCUGGACCUGUCCCUAAGGAGCUUGGGAAUCUUACUGAUCUCGUGUCACUUGCACUGGGCUCAAAUAAUUUUAACGGCUCCCUUCCUGAUGAGCUGGGGAAAUUGACAAAACUUAAGCAGCUGUACAUUGAUAGUAAUGACUUCAGUGGUCCUCUACCAGCGACGUUGUCCCAGCUUACGAACCUGUCAACCUUGUGGGCAUCGGAUAAUAAUUUCACCGGGCAGAUACCUGAUUAUCUGGGGAGCUUGACCAACAUGACCCAACUAAGGCUCCAAGGGAACUCAUUUGAAGGCCCGAUUCCAAAAAGCCUUUCCAAUCUUAUUAAGUUGACAAGCCUAAGAAUAGGCGACAUAGUAAAUGGAAGCUCUUCCCUGGCAUUCGUCGGAAACAUGCCAUCUUUGGGUGAUUUAGUAUUGAGGAAUAGCAAGAUAUUUGGCACGCUUUCAUUGGUAGACUUCUCCAAAUUUGUGAAUUUAACAUUACUGGAUUUAAGUUUUAACAAUAUUACUGGCCAAAUGCCUCGGUCAAUCUUUAAUCUUCCUUCGCUCAGUUUUCUAUUUCUUGGCAAUAAUAGCCUUUCGGGGAGUCUACCAGCCACAAAGAAUCCCCUACUUACCAAUUUAGAUUUUUCAUACAACCACCUCUCAGGAAGCUUUCCUUCUUGGGCUACCCAGAAAAACCUACAAUUGAAUUUGGUGGCAAACGACUUUGUGAUGGAUAGCUCCAAUGACAGUGUUUUGCCAUGGGGGUUAAAUUGUCUUCAGAGAAAUACCCCCUGUUUUCUCGGUUCUCCACAGUCUUCCUCUUUUGCGGUAGACUGUGGUGGUAGUAGAACCAUAUCAGGCUCAGAUAAUUCCAUGUAUCAGGCUGAUAAUGCCAAUCUGGGUGCUGCAUCAUACUAUGUUGGCGGUGCACCUAUGUGGGGUAUUAGCAGCAGUGGAAGAUUCAUGGAUCCACCCAAUGGAAGUUACAUAAUCUACAGUUCACGCCAAUUUGAAAACACGUUAGAUUCUGGACUGUUCCAAACGGCAAGGAUGUCACCAUCUUCUUUGAGAUACUAUGGCAUUGGACUCGAGAAUGGGAACUACACAGUGACACUUCAGUUUGCAGAGUUUGACUCCCCUGACCCGCAGGCUUGGAAAAGCAGAUGGAGGAGGGUUUUUGAUAUCUAUGUCCAGGGAGAGCGCAAGGAGCAGAACUUUGACAUAAGAAAGGCUGCAGGAGGAAAAUCUUUCGUUGUUGUAAAGAAGCAGUACAUUGUUCAUGUGGUGAAAAACUUCCUAGAGAUUCAUCUCUUUUGGGCUGGCAAGGGUACUUGCUGCAUUCCUACUCAAGGCUACUAUGGGCCUGCAAUAUCGGCUUUGAGCGCGACUCCAAAUUUCACCCCUACUGUCCGUAGAUCUGUGGCUAACAAGAGCAGCCGUAAAACUGGUGUGAUUGUUGGAGUUGUAAUUGGUCUGGCAGUUUUUGCAUUGGCUGCUCUUGCCGGAGUCUUUGUAUGGAGGCAGAAACGGAGAAAACUGCUAUUGGAAUUAGAAGAGCUGUACACUAUAGUUGGAAGACCAAAUGUCUUCAGUUAUAGCGAGCUAAGAGCAGCUACCGAAAAUUUUAACUCUAGUAACCUGCUUGGUGAAGGAGGAUAUGGAUCAGUUUACAAGGGUAAGUUAAAUGAUGGAAGAGUGGUGGCAGUAAAGCAGCUCUCUGAAUCAUCAAAUCAGGGAAAAAUCCAAUUUGCUACAGAAAUAGAAACUAUAUCUCGAGUUCAACACCGUAACCUCGUAAAGUUAUAUGGUUGCUGCCUCGAGAGCAACACACCACUGUUGGUUUAUGAAUGUCUAGAGAAUGGAAGCCUUGAUCAAGCACUGUUUGGAAAGGGAGGCUUGAACCUAGACUGGCAAACACGAUUUGAGAUAUGUUUAGGCAUAGCAAGAGGUAUAGCUUAUCUUCACGAGGAGUCUAGCGCCCGCAUUGUGCACAGGGACAUAAAGGCCAGUAAUGUCUUACUAGAUGCUGAUCUCAACCCUAAGAUCUCGGAUUUCGGCCUUGCCAAGCUUUAUGACAACAAGAAGACUCACGUGAGCACAAAAGUUGCUGGCACAUUUGGUUAUCUUGCACCUGAGUAUGCCAUGAGAGGUCAUAUGACUGAGAAGGUGGAUGUGUUUGCAUUCGGCGUCGUGGCAUUGGAGACUGUUGCUGGCGAAUCAAACCAUCACACUACGCUAGAAGAAGAAACAACUUAUAUAUUUGAAAGGGUCUGGGACCUGUACGAGAACGGCAACCCCCUGGACUUCGUGGACCCCAAGCUCUCGGAAUUCAACAGCGAAGAGGUGCUCCGGGUGAUCCGCGUCGCGCUCAUCUGCACGCAGGGUUCGCCCCACAGGCGUCCGCCCAUGUCGAGGGUGGUCGCCAUGCUGACGGGAGACGCCGACACGAGCGGGGAGGAGGUCAUCAAGCCCAGCUACAUCACCGAGUGGCAGGUCAAGGCCGGGAGCAGCAGCUACACGUACUCGAGCAGCCAGGCCGGCUCGAGCAGCCAGACCAACCAGUCGUCCGGCGUCCAUGCUGCUGGGGAUGGCACGCCGUUGAGCCCGUCGCCGCUGUUCACCUCCAUCAUCGACGAGGGCAGGUGACAGGCGUGCGCAACACGGACCGAAAGGUGUUAGCCUUCGUCCUCAGGUACUCAGGUGAUGAUCGUACGUCAGGUGAUGAUAUUGUAUAGCAAAGGGCAAAGGCGAAGGAGAUGCCUUCUGUGAUAUCUUUGGAGGGAAUUUGGUUUGUGAGGCAGCAGACUUUAUUGUCCAAGCAGACACCUUGCGAUGGAUGGAAAUCCCUAAUAAUGUGCGAGGGAGGUCUGAUCGAUCGGUCGGUCGGGCAACGUGGUGCCCAAGCUGCGUAAGCCAACAACCCCCGGGAGACACGUUACGGACGAAUUAACAAGGCAUCUUCCUGGCCUGAUCGAUGGCGUUUUGCCCGUGCCCCACGCACGGAAUCGAUCAAUCACAUGUACGUACAGCCAAUCGAUCGUCUUCUACUCUUCUCGCUCGCUGGACCGACCUA